UAAAAUGGCGGACGUCUGAAAAAACACACGUCGCAAAUUUUUUCAUUUAAGAAAAAUUAAAAUGAUAUUUUAGCGGAUAAUAAUACGACGAUCAAGCAUGAGAAGGAGAAGUUCGAAUUCCAUGAAAGCAGUAUUCGUUGUCCUAUUUGCGGUAUUCAUAAUUAUUUGCUUUUUAUAUUACGUCUUACAAGUGGAAAAUGAGACGACAAAACCAGUUCGAAGUAUGGGAAAGAAUGAAAGAAAUUAUACUGAAAUUUUCAAGAAAACAUUCAAAAACAGCCAAACAACCAAAACUACUGUUUCCAAGAGGAAUGAAUUACAGAAAACCGCAAUUCUGGUGAUAGCUUGCAAUCGUCCUUCAGUGAAGAGGUGCUUGGAUGCRCUGUUGAAGUAUAGGACUGCAAAGAUCGAUUUUCCAAUAUUGGUUAGUCAGGACUGCCAACACAAAGAGACAUCGGACACUAUAGAAUCCUACGACAAGGACGUUAAACAGAUUAAGCUACCACAUCUACCAAAAAUAGAGGUUCCAUCCAACAKGGAGCAUUUUCGUGGAUACUUUAAAAUAGCCAGACAUUAUAAACUAGCCCUUGUUAUUGUCUUCAAUAUCAUGGAUUAUGAUAAUGUUAUCAUCGUGGAAGAUGAUUUGGAAAUUGCUCCUGAUUUUUAUGAAUAUUUUGCAGCWACUAUACCACUCUUGCACAAGGAUUCAACUUUAUGGUGCAUUUCGGCUUGGAAUGAUAAUGGCAAAACAGGAUUUGUUAAGGGCAAUGAUCUUCUUUACCGAAGUGACUUUUUUCCUGGACUUGGGUGGGCUUUAACGAAGAGAGUUUGGAAAGAAUUAGAACCAAAGUGGCCGGCGUCAUUCUGGGAUGACUGGAUGAGACAUCCCAACCAGCGUGAUAACCGUGCUUGUAUAAGACCUGAAAUCCCACGAACCAAAACUUUUGGUAGAAUUGGAGUGAGUAAUGGACAGUUUUUUGACCAACAUUUGAGAAAAAUACAAUUGAAUACAGAGUUCUUCCCAUUCACUAAGCAUGAUAUGUCUUAUCUGAUGAAGUUUAAUUAUGAUAGAAAUUUUAAGAAAAAAGUUUAUGAUUCAAAGCUGGUGUCAGCAAAUGACGUAGUACAAGAAAAAGUGGAUCUGCCAGUUGUCAGAAUUGAGUACAMCUCAAAUAGAGAAUUCAUUUCUUUGGCUAAGCAAUUUGGGCUUAUGGAUGACUUGAAGGCUGGAGUUCCUAGGAUGGCAUAUCUUGGGAUAGUUAGCGUUAUGUAUAGAAAGUACAGAGUGUACAUUGCACCUCCAAUAACCUGGACCUCCUAUAAUGAAGAGUAAAUAGACCUCUGUAGCUUGAACACAAUGUUUUCCUAUUUCAGACCAYUGUUUUGUUUAACAGUUGCACAUGAGAAGACCCAAARUAUAUAUACAGCUCAAACCAAGAGCCUUKUUCUCAAGAGGAUGACAUGUGGUGUGAAAUAGGAAAGCCUUACACCCACGUCCAAGCUAAAAAGGUCUAGAGAUUAUGCUUCUCUCAUUUAAUUGCACUUUGGGGUGAUACUUUAGGUUUUGUUUUCAUUUUGAUAGACAGAAAUAGAAAGAAAAUAUUGCUGGUUGAUUCAUUUAUUUGUUUUUCUUUGUGGGCUUCCUGUGGUAAGACUGCUCUACUGUCUACAACAGGAAGCCCAAAAUAGAGAAAUUCUAUAAAACCAAUACAUAGAAAAUGAUGUAUAGCAUACAUUUUUAAAUAACAUAAUUUAAUUUUAGUAUGAAAAUGAAAAAUAUACUAUAAAAAAGUAAAGAAAAAUAAAAUGAAAAAUGUAAUGAAAAACUUAAUUUUUUUCAGAUUAUAAUGGAUUUAGAUAAGAUUUUUAAAGCUACUUUGGUACGUCAUUUGAUAUUAAGAUGCCAAAAAAACUCUCCCCUCUCCCCCACAGAAAAAACAAGUAAAAAUAAUAAUAAAAUGAAGAUAGAAAAAAACAAGAAUUACCAGGGCUUAAUAAAUAACUAACAUACUAUAACCCAUCUGUCUGUCCACCCUGCCAGAUACAUCGGGAAAAAAUUGUCUAUACAAAUAGUUUGAGUCUCUUUGUCUUGUCUUAAAUCUCCUUUUUGAAAAGCAUUAAAAACUUCAAAACAAAUUUUAA